AUGACCAACAUCACGCAUAUCGUACUAAAGUCGUACACACCUCAUCGCAUCAAAAGACUCAUAGACCCCAGUGGUGGCUCCUGCAACAUUGGCGAAAUCGACGACACAACAGUGCUCAAAUAUCCCCGUGUCAAAGAAGACAUGAAACGCGUCCGGAUUGAGGCCAAGAUGCUUGAGGUGCUAGGUUCGCAUCCUCGCAUCGUCCAGUUCACAGGCCUUACCGACGACGGCUUGCUUCUGGAGUUUAUGCCCAACGGGAACGUGCACGAUUACCUGUCCGCCCACCCGGAUGUGCCUUUGCACCGGCGACUGGCCUGGUGUGUCCAGGCUGCCGAGGCUGUUGCCUACAUCCACUCCCGGCGCGCUCUGCACUGCGAUAUACGACACGACAACUUCCUCCUCGACGCCAACCUGGAUCUGAAGCUGGCCUACUUCCAGGGCCAGCACUUCUCCCCGACCGGCGCUGUUGUUCUGGACGGAGGCUCAUGCGAAUCUGCCAGGGCCUGGCUGCCUCGGCAUCCUCCAGAUCGGUCCAAUUUGUAUUACAACCUGUUCGCGCUUAGCAACGCCCUGCAGUUCCUCAUCACGGGCAAAGAGGUUUUUCCUGAUCUAGUCCGUUCUUCUGAAACUGAUGACGAUAUCCUGCGAUGGUCCUACGAAACAGAGCCUGAGAUUGAGCGGCGUUUCCGCGCCCGCGAGUUCCCCCCUGACGACGAGCACGUGUGCGCUGCUGUUACGGCGCGAUGCUGGCGCCAGCUCUACACAACAGCAGAUCAAGUGGUGACCGACCUCAAGGCAAUCCAAGCCGCCAUUGCACGUGGUAAAAGGCCCGAGACGUGUGUAUCCCCACCGGAUGAGCAUGAGCAACCCUGUGACGAGAGGUGGCUCUAUGGGCUCUGUGAGGAAGAUACGCACUUUAAGACACAGCCAAACCGCGAUUUGAUAGGUUAUUAAGGGACAGAGUUGGAAGUUGGACAUCUAGUAAGGGCUUUCAACUAGAUGAGCUAAUGUUGCACAGGUAGUCACACGACACAAGGAUAUGGUGGCCAUACGGUAUUCAGUUCUAAGGAACCAAAGGCCAGCCUACCGGGUGCCGAGAUGGUGGCUAGCGUCUCGCUCUUGCUGUUAUCCAUCCUCAAUGCCCACAAAUGGAGGAAAGUCCAGCUCGGCCUUACUGCUU